AGAACUGUUCCGGGUUUGACUCAGUGCACUGGGGUGAACAGAAUCCAUCUAACUCACACUCCAGCCCAGUAGGUGGCGGUAAUGCUCCACGAAGCGCAAUGUCAACUAUAGUAAAGCUGAACAGGCGGAGGAAGAGUGAAGCGGACUCCUCAGGGUGGGGGACGACAUGUCGGUCUCUCAGGUGGCUCCUGGUCUGUUCCUCAGCGGUCUGGACGCCGCUCUGAACCGCAGCCUGGUCGCCAGCCGGGACGUCACCCUGAUCGUUAACGCCAGCGGGCUGGAGGUGGCUUACCCGCACCCGGACUCCGUCAAGGUCCUGCAGGUCCCCGUCCAGGACCAGCCGCACGCCCCCAUAGACCGGUAUUUCGACUCGGUGGCCAAGCGGAUCUCCGAGAACCGAACCGGGAGCAGCCUGGUCCACUGCGUGGCCGGCAGGAGUCGCUCUCCGGCCCUGGUCUUGGCUUAUCUCAUGAAAUGUGAAGGUGUCAGCCUCCGUCAGGCCCACGAGUUGGUGAUGGAGAAGCGGUCCUUCAUCAGGCCCAACGCCGGUUUCUGGAGACAGCUGAUGGCCUAUGAGAGGAGCCUGUUUGGGAGAAACUCUAUGCGGAUGACCAACACCUGCUGCGGUCUCCUACUGGAGGCAGUGGACGCUGAUGACACGCCGGCCUACUGCGUCAACAUUUGACCCUGUUGGACCAAAACCAGAGGCUGAGUUUCUGCUGGGACCGGACCAGUCCCACCAGUCCGUGCUGGAGAUGGGAACUGUGUCCAAUAGUGAAUGUGACGUCAGUGAAGAAACGAGUCGUAUGACCCGGCCAGAGACUGCAGCAUGGCUGCCGUCACAUUUAUGACUCCUUUAAAAUUCUGCUGCAUCACAUUUUGGGUCAGGGUCCAGCACUGUGAUGGGAACGUCCACAUUCUCUAAACCCGUCUCAAUAAGAGAAACCACAGGAGAUCUCAGACCAAGAUAGUCGUGAUGAAUGUCUGGGAUCCAGCUCUGAAAGGCGAGGCUUCCCUCCUCUCCAGAGCUGCUGACGGUCGGCUAACACCAGGACAGGGACCAGCCGAGCAGCCCGGCGGACUGGGAACCAGCCUCUGGGUCAGAGGGUUAAAGUCUGCAGGUUCUGUUCAUUUUUUGUCUUUUUCUUAACACGAGAAACUGAUCUUAACUGUAGCUGUGCCUGAAUACUCCAUUCUAUGGCCACAGUACAUAUUAUGUUGUACUUGUACCCAUUCUUAGCAUACUAUAUCAACAUCUGAAGUGUGGAAGAAUACAGUGUACUAAAAACUGAUGUGUAUGUACCAUUUUCAUCAGAACAUCUAAUAUGAGUCAACAGGACACUAUUCUGGAACAAAAUGUCCUCUUUGGAUGGUUACCAUGGAGAUAUAGGUUGUUACCAUGGAGAUAUAUUGUCACGGAGAUAAAGGUUGUUACCAUGGAGAUAUAGGUUGUGUGAACCGUAGUCACUUGCCAGUGACUUUCUUUCUCUGGUUGAGGAUAGUAUAGUAGAUUUUACUAAUCAUGUGGUCUUGUAAGUACGCUGUAUAUUGUAUUAGUAUGAAGUACAUGGAGUAUUCGGACACAGCCUGUCAUUUCUCGGGAAAUAAAAACUACUACUUUCGGCUGCUCCCGUUAGGGGGCGCCAC